GAAUGAUUGGAGUGAGGUGAGGUGAGGUGAGGUGAGGUGAGUAUAAAAAAGAGAUGCGCUGCUGCUGCUGCUGCUGCUGUUGUUGUUGUUGUUGUUGUUGUUUUUCUAGUAUAGUCUAGUCGGUCGACUCAUCAGUACACGGGACAGGACAGGACAGGAUAGGACAGGAUACCAGUUAAAGUCCAGUCCCUAGUCCCAGUCCAGAAGAAGAAACGAGGAAUAAGAAAUACUUGAGGGUACUUUUGUCUUUUUUAAUAUUUUACUUUUGAGAUUUUAAUGUUUUGAUUCAUGUUUGUCCAACCUGCUCUCUAUCCUGUGGAUUUUUCGGUUUUACCUCCGAGUCCUACUGGGAGGAAGAAGAAGAAGGGGAAGGUGAUGGAGAUGGAGAAGCAACAUCAACAUCAACAGCAACAGCAACAGCACUUGAAAAACCACAGCAACAACAAUAAUGAGCAAUGCAACAAGAACAAUGAAAACCGGCCUGAGAAGGAGAUGACGAUCAUGGUUCGAAUUCUCACUACUACGACUGAUGAUGAUGAGGACAAAAAGAAGACGAAGAAGGAGAAAGAGAAGGAAAGGGAAUGGCCCCUAUGGACUCUCAAAUGGUUUACACAUCAACAUCGCCAUCGCCAUCGAACUCCCCCAGCAACACAAGCAAUCGAAAAUCGCCGCUUUUUUGAACUUGCUCGAUCAUAUGAUAUUGUGGAGCCUUUGGUUCCGCUUCUUGUUGGGGAGAAGAAGAAGAAGAAGAAGAAGAUGCAGAGGGGAGAGGGCGUUGGGUUGAUGCUGGAUUUUGGGGCGUUGGCGUAGAAGGGGUGGAGGGAUGGAGGGAUGGAGGGAUGAUUGAAUGAUGAGAUGAGAACUGAUGUUGUGUAAUGAAUGGUAAUAAUGGUAAUGGGAGAAUGGUAGUUAAUAUGAUGGGAUGGAAUAGCGGAAGAAAGGGGUGAGGAAAAUUGACUCAGUCGAAUUGGAGAGGAAGAGUAGGGGUUCAAGACAUGAAUGAAUAAGGUAUGAAAUAUGAAAUAUGAAUGUAAGAAGGAAAAAGAGGAAAAGAAUUGAAUAACAAUCAGCGAGUGAAGGAACUACUUUACCUACAACAACAAAGUCGGUACCUUAAC